AUGUUAAAACAAAGAACAAUUGAAGGGUUACGAAAUCAGUUUAAUGAAUUAAGCAGAAGUUCAAUCUGGAAGCAACGUGAUGAAAAUGAAGAACUAACAGAAAUUGAUAAAUAUCUUACACUUCUUGAAAUUGAACCAACGACUCCUUCUUCUGUCCCUUCAGAGUACUUGUUCUCAGAUGCUGGCAACCACAUACU